AUGCACCAUAACACAGCGUGUGACUCUGUUAUCACGUUACAUGAGCCACCGCUGCAACAGUACGCACAGACCUCUGGUCGCGCUGUGAGUCCUCUCGAGGCUCAUAAUGAGGACAGGAAGACUUCUUUUGGCCUUGAGAUGCUGCUCCAGCCCUUUCGAGUUGACCCCACCUUGGGCUGUGUCGCCGAUUCGGUGCACAGCGGCGGCUGGGGUCAGACGAGAGUACGGCCGUUUCCUGUCUGCGGCUCCGCAGCUGAACGCAUGCCCGCUCUCUCUGCGUUAUGCAGAGUGGCGAGAGUCAUGCUCACUGCCAAGCUGGCUAGACAGGAUACUGAGAGAGGGUUAUGCCAUCCAGUUCAUGCGGACUCCCCCUCCCUUCAGAGGAGUGAGGGAGACACGCUUGUCCUGCCCGUGCUCCGGAAAGAGAUAGCGAGCUUGCUGACCAAAGGGACGGGGAUCCCUGUCCCCAGAGAUCAGGAGAACUCGGGUCUCUACUCCCCUUAUUUUUUGGUUCCCAAGAAAAACGGGGGGAUGAGACCGAUUCUAGACCUGAGGGUGCUCAACGAGAGUGUGGCCAACGGCCCUUUCAAACGGCCCUUUCGCAUGCUGACGAUAAAGCGUUUGCUGACUUGUGUACAGCUGAACGACUUUGGGAUCAGCACACUUCUGAAGGACGCGUAUUUCCAUGUCAAACUGAAGCACAGGAGAUUUCUGCGUUUUGCCUUCGAGGGGAAGAAGUACGAGUACACGCGCCUGCCGUUUGGGUACGCGCUGGCUCCUCGAACUUUCUCCAAGUGCGUGGAAGCAGCUCUAGAACCGUUACGGUGGAGGGGUAUACGCAUUCUGGCGUACCUCGACGACCUGUUAGUUCUGGCUCAGUCUCCGGACAGAGCUAUCGAGGACGCGACCUCACUGGUGACUCAGCUCAGCCAGUUGGGGUUCGCUGUCAACUGGGAGAAGAGCGCUCCAUGGCCCGCUCAACAGUUUACCUACCUAGGUAUCCAUUUGGACACUGUUGGGAUGAGAGCCAGACUGUCUGCACCACGGAGAGAGGCUAAAUCGAUAGCUCUCCGUGCGUUCCGGGUCUCACGUACAAUCACCGCACUGUUGGUGAUAUCCCUGUUGGGGUUGAUGGCGGCGGCUCAUGUAGUAGUGCCAUUAGGCCUGUUAUACAUGCGCAAGCUGCAGAGAUGGUUCGCCCAGCUGCGGUUGGAUCCGGUGCGACACCGCCGCAGACUGAUAGUGAUACCGAGAUCAGUCAAAGCCGAUCUGAACCAUUGGAGAGACCCGCGUGUCUUGACGCGCGGAGUCGACAUGGGCAGAGUGACAUCUCUCUACCCGGUCUUUACGGACGCGUCCUUGACCGGGUGGGGUGGAGUAUGUCAGGCGGGCUCGAUAGGAGGAAGAUGGGAACCGUCAGAGACGCGUCACAUCAACCUCCUGGAGCUCGAAGCGGUUCGACUGACGGUCCAUUUCGCGCUGGUGUUGAAGGAUCAAGACGUUCUCGUCAGAUCCGACAACAGAGCGACGGUGGCUUACAUCAACAGACAGGGAGGGGCGCGCUCUCCAUCACUUCAUCGCUUAGCAGAGGAAGUGUGGACUUGGGCUUUCACGCACCUACGCUCCCUGAGAGCUCAGCACAUUCCAGGUCUGCUCAACGAGGGAGCGGACCAAAUGUCAAGGGGCGGCCCGAGAGAGAACGAGUGGAGGUUGAAACCAUCCAUCGUUUCUCUGAUCUGGGCACGCUUCGGCCGAGCACAGGUGGAUCUGUUUGCGUCACGAGCCAACACACAGUGUCUUCUGUGGUUCUCGCUGCACACACAGGACAGACCUCCGCUGGGAGUCGAUGCGUUCGCGCACCGUUCCUGGCCGAGAGGUCUACUGUACGCAUUUCCACCUCUGGCCUCCAUCCUCCCCUUGCUGGCUCGUGUGAGGUCGGAGGGGCUGUCGGUCAUUCUGAUAGCCCCCGAUCGCCCCGGGGUUCCCGGAACUGAUGGGGAUACUGGUAGGCGGGCCUUGGCCCAUACCUCACCAGAUGGAUGCGCUCUACUACUAGAGGGUACGCGUCGCGCUGGCGAGCCUUUGCACAAUGGUGUGGAAAACAGAACCUUGAGAGCAGUGUUGCGCCCUAAUCCGGCCUUUAUCCCCAAGGUGAUUAGCCGAGCGUUCAGGGCACAGAGCUGCGAACUGAGAGCCUUUUUCCCACCUCUGCACAGCGGAGAGGAGGAAAGACGCUUACAUGGGCUGUGCCCAGUGCGCGCUCUGUCGCGCUAUCUGGAAUGCACAGCAAGUAUUAGAUCUUCUCCCCAGUUACUGAUCUGCUACGGUGGAUCGAGAGCUGGCUUGCCACUCUCCAAACAGAGACUUUCUCACUGGCUCUGCGAGGCUAUUGGUCUCGCGUACGAGUCUAUGAGAUGUCCCGUGCCUGGCAUUCGGGCUCAUUCCACCCGAUGA